UCCUCUUAGUUUUGUAUAAACUCUUACGUUGGAUGGUGAAUCAGUUUUUUAAGAAACAUACAUAAGAGAGACGCGUGAAUCGCUACGAUCAUCACGUAGAUCGAUCGUCAAAUUGAUCGACCAAAGAUACAUCCUUUUAAUUUUCUUCAUUUCUUCCAAUUUAUAAAUAUCUAGCGCAUAGCUAAAGAUAAAUAUAUUGACUGCAAAGAGAUGCAAACGAGGAUGGUGUCAUACGAAGAGUAUUUUAAUUAACAUUGCCACCAUUCAAAGACGUUUUUGCGGCUCAUCUUAUAAUUUAGAAUCAAAUUAGUCGUUAUGGCGUUAGGUAUGCGAAACGUUCUCUUCGCGUUCGUAGUUAUUACGAUCCUCACCGAAGGAGAAUCGCAAUUAGGAGUAGAUUUCACGUUUCUCCAGCAAGUAGUUGUAGACUACCUCUUCCCUAAAGAUCCGGGUUUAGUGAGAGUGAGGAACAUGGAUCAGGAGAGAGGGCUAGGAGGCACAAUAGUAUUGGAUUUUAUCGGGUUGGUGGAGCAAUUCGGUUAUCCCGCUGAGGAGCAUGACAUUACAACGGAGGAUGGUUACAAUUUGCAAAUACAUCGAAUACCUGGGAGUCCACAGUGGAGAAAAAAAGAGAAAAAAAAGAUUGUGUUUAUGCAACAUGGUAUUUUUGCCUCGUCUGACAGCUGGGUGAUAUUCGGUCCUGGCAAAGACCUCGCGUUCUUAUUGGCCGAUCAAGGAUACGAUGUGUGGAUUGGAAAUGUCAGAGGAAAUAGCUAUGGCAGAUCGCAUGUGAAUAUGACGGUUUACGAUCGCAAGUUCUGGCAAUUUAGCUUUCAUGAGAUGGCAAUAAUGGAUCUGCCAGCUAUAUUCGAUUAUAUUUUUAAUCAUACCGGACAAAAAAGCAUGCAUUACAUCGGUCACUCGAUGGGAACAACGAUGUUGUUCAUUCUCCUAUCAAUGAAACCGGAGUAUAAUGCAAAGAUAGAACUAAGUAUUUGCUUUACUCCAGUUGCUUCAUGGAAGGAAGUUUCACCUACAUUUAGACAAAUUGCUUAUACAGCGCCAGUAGUGACGGAACUUCUCGCUAGAUACAACGUAUACGAUAUCUUUGCGCAAUGUGCAUCAAUCAUUACAACAUUAAGAGCACUUUGUCACGACGGGGCAGCUACUCAAUCUAUUUGUAUUACGAUACUCUUUUUAAUCGUAGGUGCUGAUCCGCCACAACUUAAUACUACGGCACUGCCAUAUCUAUUGUCUCAUAUUCCAGCCGGUACUUCCGUACAAACACUUCAUCACUUUUAUCAAAAUAUGUUUGUAGAUAAUUUCCAAAGUUUUGAUUAUGGAUCCGAGGGUAACAACGAGCGAUAUAAACAAAAAACACCUAUAAACUAUGAUCUUAGCAAAAUCACCGCGCCGAUUGCUCUAUUUUACGCAUCUAAUGAUGCGGUUGUUGCAGAGACGAAUGUAUUGGAAGUAGCAAAACAUUUGCCUAAUGUUGUUUUAAUAGAAAAAGUGCAGUAUGAAUCCUUCAACCAUGUAGAUUUCCUAUGGGGAAUUGACGCAAAUAUUCUUUUAUAUGAUCGAGUAAUAGACAUAAUACGGAGGUUCAAUGCUAAACAAAAUUAAAUUAUCAAUUGACUGAAUUUUAUGAUAUGC